CAAGGGAAGUAAUCAGUUUUUACUCUAUUUACAAAAAUGCAUGACUUAGCGUUUUCAUACAUAUUUUUAUAGCAUUAAAGAAAGAUCCAUAUUUUGUUAAGAAUAAGUUUUUCCCAAAAACCAUCUCUCCAAAUAGUAUCUAAGUGUGUAUUUAUACAAUAAUAUUGAAUUUUUAAAGGAAAAGUUAAGUUAUCAAUUUCAUUACCAUCAAUGAAGUUACCACUGUAUUAUUUAAACGUAUAUAAAAAAAAUCAUAAUAGUAAUUAUUAAGUGUUUGUUUUUCAGUACCAAUUGUGACUGCAAGUAUCGCAACUUUCAUCUGCUCAGCAGGUUUUGUAAUACUUAUCGUUAUAAUUUGCAGAAGGUUUGUUCUAUAAUUGUUAAUAUGAUUUUUGUUUUGUAUUUGUUAUAUUUAUUAUCUAUAUAUCAACAUAUGUUGAUGAGUUGCUUGACAAACGAAAUAAAAUAAAAAUCAAUUUGAGGUCAGAUCAAUCAGACACAUAAUUUAGAUCUAUAUAAGCUAUUUCUUGCAUUUCCACUGCAUUUGGUUUGCUUUUAUUGUGAUUCGGAUUUCCUAAAAGAGCUAUUUUAGUCAUUCAAUUAAAUAGAGAAAAUAAGAAUCCUUAAAGAAAAUAGAUUAUUAUUAUUAUGAAUAUACCUGUAUCAAUACAACAAACUAACUAUAGCAUCAUGGAAAGAAAAAAUAUUCAUCAAAGAUAAAUACAACAUUCCAAAUCUUACAAUACACUCACAGAAUAUAAAUCAUGUGAUUUGCGAAAAACAAAGUUCAAUAACGAACAUACGGUACAGAAUGUCUUGUAGCAUCAGUACAUGUACCACAUAAGUGGUUUAAUCCAGUGUUUUACAGAAUUGCACAUUGGGUACCCACGGCCGAACCAUUCACAUUUAUCAUAUCAUUUUGCCGAUAUCGAGUCGAUAAGAGGUGUGCCAAAAAGACAACUUUUCAUUGGUUGCCUCACGAUUUCUUGAGGCGAUUAAAAACAAUGAAAACGCUCGUUUUAUACGACGUUGAGUGAGACGUUAAUUCUAAAAAAAUAAUAAUUAUUGUUGUCUCUGCUUGUUGAAUUAUUUAGUUUGGGGAUAGUUUUGCCUUUCAUAUUGGCAAGACACGUGAAACAGGUUUACAGCGUUGACACUGCUAUUUUGUUUCUGAUAGUUGUUUACCUUUUCUCUCGUAGAAUAUAAAUUUUGAUAAACACGGUUUCAUUGGUUAAUAUUUUACGUACAUGAUGCUGUAUAUCGACACAAUUUACCCACAUAUGACUACAUGUUAUAUUACAUAUAAAUCAGCCGUGCGUAUCCGACGAUGAUUUGUUGCCUACUAUUACAUUGUUUGUAUCGUAAUUGUGAAGUAACUAUUUGUUAUUACAUUUGCACACUUGUUAAUAAUAUAAUUAUUAGUAUAGGUGCAUGUACUAGUAUUUUCUGAUUGAAAUGAUAUUUUCAAUAUUGCGUACUAAUAACAAUUGUACAUACGAUGCUUAUAAAAACGUAACAUGUCAUCUUAAUUGUCUUAUCAUAAUUCACAUGUAGAACGAUUGUUGUAAAUGAUGGAUCUAGUGUUUGGUAUAUUUCAGGCAUCGGUCUGUUAAAGAAAAAAGAAACAAUCAAUCAAAUUAGGUCGCAGUGUCUGACUUAGAACCUAACACCGGACAAAUCGAGUGUGAUACUAACACUUAUGAAAUACCUGACCAAAAUGUUUAUGAAGGUCUAGAUAGGCAAGGCAAUGCUCAAUCGGAUGAAACGUACCAGCAUCUGUAUACAGAAACCAAGAAUCCAGAUUGCGAAAGGCAUCGGUCUGUUAAAGAAAAAAGAAACAAUCAAUCAAAUGAGGUCGCAGUGUCUGACUUAGACCCUAACACAGGACAAAGUGAGUGUGAUACUAACACUUACGAAAUACCUGACCAAAAUGUUUAUGAAGGUCUAAAUAGGCAAGACAAUGUUUCAUCGAGUGAAAUGUACCAGCAUCUGUAUACAGAAACCAAGAAUCCAGAUUGCGAAAGGGAUCGGUCUGUUAAAGAAAAAAGAAACAAUCAAUCAAAUAAGGUCGCAGUGUCUGUCUUAGAACCUAACACAGAACAAACCGAGUAUGAUACUAACACUUACGAAAUACCUGACCAAAAUGUUUAUGAAGGUCUAGAUAGGCAAGACAAUGCUCUAUCGGGUGAAACAUACCAACAUCUAUAUACAGAAACCCAGAAUCUAGAUUGCGAAAUCAAAACGCAAAACCUUAGUCACCGACAGUCGGACACAAACAGUUUGGAAAAAGAGCAUAACAAUACGCAUGAUAGUAUUUGUGACGGCAUACAUCACGAAUAUGAAUUUUAUAAAGCUAACGCAACUGAUCAUAUGUACGAAACACUACAAAAAGACAAAUGAUACAUACUAAGAACGACGUUAUCUAAGAUUAAGGAACACGAGUUUGUCUUUUCAUGUAGGCAUAAGCUCUCUUUAUACUAGGCAUCGGAAUUACGUUAGACUUAAAUGAAUGCUAGAACUUGCGAAACAAUAUAGCUAAAGCUACAUGAGUUGAAAAAAGUGUAACCAAGAGGUUUCUUAGAAGUGUUCGGCAACACCUUAAAUAAAUCUGAUUCCAUGCACACCUAUGAAGCAUCUAUAAUAAAUUGAUAUGAUGAAGUUGGACUUCUAAAAAUAAUAUCCUUAUAUAGAGAAAAUAAAAUACAGAGUUUACAAAAAGGAAACAUGUAUACUUAUUUUCAUUAAGGCUUUAUGAUUUAACAAUAACAAAGAAAAAGACAAAUCAUUUUUAACAAAGAAAAGUACAUUUAGAUCUACACAAAAGUUUGAAAUCUAUUUUUUUUCGUUUAAACAAAAAUUGUAUGUAUUUUGUUUAUGUAGAGCUAAGAUAUUUUUAUUCAUUCAAAAAACUGACACCCGUAUUAUCCAUUGUUUCAUCAUAAUUCAAAAUAUCAACGUAAAUAGCUUGCAAUAUAAAGUGGUUUUAGUUGUCAUCAUGUAUCUUAUAUAAAUAGAUAAUUUUUACAGCUGGUUUUGAAAGAUUAUAAUGAACAAUAAUGCUUCCAGACUAAUGCUUAAAUAAGAAAAAAUCAUUGGAAUAAUAAGCUUGAGGUAUAGUUUUUAGAGAGAAACUUACAAUUUCACUACAUAUCGAACGAUAGUUAUGAGAUUUAUAACCAUAAUUGUAAUGUGGUAACCCUAAAAUUGAGAAAGAUUUAAUUUUGGUGAACGCAUCGGUCGGUUAGGUAUUAUUUCUAUUGUAACAUAACUAAUCUUGCCAUUCCAUAAAAAUAUAAUGAACAUAUUUUUUUAAGAUAAUCAGCAUAUUUAUGCAAAACUAUUGAGUUGUUUUAGGGUAUUUCAUUAUUGUAUUGUAGAUUACUUUGACAGUGUUAUUUAAUUCACAGUUUUUGCAGUGAUAACUUUGUACAAGUUGUAACAUUUUAAAGGAUGCGAUUGUGAUAUCUAAUAUUUAUAACAGUUCUUCUAUAUAUCAUUGUGUUCUUGGUGUCAAGCUAUCAUCCCUUAACGAUGAGAAGAUACAAAAUUUCAGUUUUGCGAGUUUUCAAUCAGCGGAUGACCAUGCCGGAAUGUAAGAUUUCAAUGAUAAAGUUAUGAAACGUUCAUAUAAUCUACAAAAGGCACUGACUUAUAUUAUCUUAUCACUUCUACUUUAUGUACGCGAUUUUUGUAAAACAAAAGAAAGAAAAGGAAGCGGCCAAUUCGAAAUUUGUAAAUAUUUUUGAUGUUUUACGUCAUGUUCAAAUUGAUCAAUUUUGAGCUUUAGAAUAAGAGAUGCACAUGCAUGAUUAAGUUUAAAUUGAAAUUUUGUAUUAUGUUAAACUGCAUAUUGAUAGCACGAAUAAAUUUAUAUUUUACCUUCAUUUAGCAUUUACAUAUUUAGACAUUGUAAAUAUCAUGCUGCUAAAUCUCAUGAUUACUGGUGUUACAAUGGACAUAAAGUUAUGAUAUUUUAUUUCAUAUUUAGCGCAUAUUUAGAUGUAUAUAUGUUUUAUUAUCUAUGUGUGUCUUUGAAAUAAAAGCAGGUGAAACAAGAUUUAACUAUUUUAAAAACCGAUCCCUCCUAGAGAUUGU